CAUCUUUUAGUUAAAGUGCAUUAUUUCAUCCCAAUCUGAGAAAUUGAAUUUCAUUAGUGGGUUGACUAUGAUGGAUCCACCACCUCCUCCCAGUGCAACAACGGCCGUCGCGGCCGCCACCGCUAACGUUGCAGCGACCACCAUGCAGCAGCACAACAACUACCAGGAUUCCAUUGAAUCCUCACCUCGUUCCCACAAUGCCGAUUGGGACGAUCCUCUCCCGCCAGUUCCCGGGGCCAAGCUCCGCCUCAUGUGCAGCUAUGGAGGCCACAUUAUUCCUCGUCCUCACGAUAAAUCUCUAUGCUACGUCGGCGGCGAUACCCGCAUUGUCGUAGUCGACCGCCAUUCCUCACUUUCUGAUCUCUGUAUGCGCCUCUCUCGAACCCUCCUUAAUGGCCGCCCAUUCACCCUCAAGUACCAGCUCCCUCAUGAGGAUCUCGAUUCCUUAAUCUCCAUUGCAACGGAUGAAGAUCUCGAGAACAUGAUUGAAGAAUACGACCGAAUCACCAUGGCUUCACCAUCAAAACCUUUACGAAUCCGUUUGUUCCUCUUCUUCAUCAAGCCUGAAACCGCGGCUUCUAUGGGUUCCUUGCUCGACGAUGCUAAACACGAAACGUGGUUCGUUGAUGCUCUAAAUAACUCCGCCGGGAUGAUUCCGAGAGGGCUUUCUGAUUCGGCUACCAUGGAAUGUAUGGUGAAUCUCGACGCGGUUCAUACGAGUGAUUCGUGUAAUGAUUUGGAAAAUCAAGGUCAUGAUUCUUUAGGGCAUAUUGACAAACAGGUUGUGAAGAAUAGUAAUUCGGCUCAAGAUGUGCAAUCGAUUCCUGAUUCUCCUGCUGUGGAAAAUGAUUCUUCGUUUGGUUCGUCUUCUUCGGUUCCAUCAAUGUCCAAUUUGCCGCCGAUACGUGUCCGUGUGGAAGAGACGGAGGGUAGAGUUCAAGAUCCGAAGGUGGGAUUGGAUGAGCAGUUUGGGCAAAUGAAUUUUGGUGUUCCUCCAAUUCCUACUGCGUUGGCUGCUGCAGCAACAAUUCCAUUGGGUGUUAUUUCAAAUCAUGAAAACGCUAAUCGGGUCUUUCUUGACGACGAGAGACCGGAGCCGGCCGGUACGGUGGCGUUUCGGAAGCCUCCAUUGCCAUUGCAGACCUUGCAAAACAGGGGUGUUGCCAGUCCUGUUGUUAGUGGUGGUUUUGGUCUACCGUCGCCGGAUUCUGUUGCCAGUGAUAGUAGCAUAACAUCUGCAAAUUCUCAGUCCAAACCCAUGUAUUUUCAAGACCAAAUUGUGAGAGACAACACAGUUCCAGCCUUUCCCAUUGCAGAAAGUGAUGGUUUCCUAACAAGUCAACAAGUACCAAUUCAAAAUCUCCAUGAUCCUGCUUAUCUCUUAACUUCACAAUUAGAUCAGAAGCAGCCACAACAACCGCAACAAUUCGUCCACACGACCACCCAUUACAUCCAUCACCACCACCCUGCAGCCGCAGCGGGGCAUGUCCCCGUUCAACAGUAUUAUCAUCCUAUUUACACUCCAGCACCAUCUCAACAGCAACUUCAUCAUCCAAUUGAUCAACAAUAUCCAGUCUAUCUAAUGCCCAUUACACAAACUCAACCAACCUACAAUAUGUCUGUGCAAUCAAGUCCUUCUGAAACUCCCUUGGCUGUACCUAACCGGCAAGCAUCAGCUAGCCCUGCCAUUGUCUCUUCUCCAAUCAUUUACAAUGAUAGUAAUCAAUCAUCCCUCUAUCCUCAGAAAGUUACCGCCGCUAUGCCAGAAAUGGCAGCGAGCGUGUACAGAACUGCGGUGGCGUCAACUCCAUCUCCCUUAUUACAGGUCCCUCAUAACCAGUUCCAGCAACCAUACGUGGGUCUUCCCCAAAUGAACUAUCCAUCUCAAUCUAUAGCUGUCGCUCCCGCCCCCUCGGGCACUGCUAAUUAUGGAUUUGACUACAAUAAUGCUCCACCCCAGAGCAUCCCGGCUACGCCGAUGGCUUCUCAGUACCAAACUAUGACUCAGGCAGCCGUUGCCGCUCUAUCCGAUGCUUCUAGACAGCUUCCUGCAGAUGGUACACAGCAGCAGCAGAUCAGGAACUCAUAGGCGGUACACGCGAUUCAGGUAAGACAAGAAAAUAUGUUAUGUUUUGUUCCUUCUUCCUAAAUCAUUAUUAAGUUAAAACUUAUUAGUUUUUUAUGCAUUUGAUAGAAUAUGAAUAAUGCAAGCAACUCUAUUCCUGUUGCUGUAUCUUAUGCUUUGAACUGAGAAAUGAAUGACCCGUCUCAUGGUUGAAAUUA